GUUAUUCCAAUUGUGGCGCAUAAAUGUGCCUUCUCUCCCUUUUCGAGCUGUGCCUGUUGACAACUCUGGCCCUGGCAAAAUGUUUCGGGCACACCUUCGCAGGAACGUGAUUCUUUCGAACCAUGAGUUCGCACAUCAGAUGUUCUCUUCAGAGCUGUUGUCUCAGAGGCCAGCACGCCUCCAGGGGCAAUUUAUUAGCUUGUGCAGUCAGCCAGGUUGCAUCUGACCGAGCUUGCACUGAGCCUGUGGCAUCAAUUCCGGUCUUCUUAUCUCCCCCAGCGUUCCGGGAUGCCGGAUAGUGAGAGGGUUGCCCUGGAAGUGGCGCUGGAAAUUGAAUGCAGUUGUCCGUUGAGUGGCGACGCUUGAAAAAGAUGUUGGGCUCCACACUAUACAAUUCGACGACAAGACCUUGACGCUGAGCGCCUCUGGCUUUGCCUCUGUCCUCACUGCUGCGGUCUCCUUCAUGCGCCAUGUGGUAUGGUCGGUCUCCAGCCAACGAAGAAAGUGUUCGGGUUGUGCCGUCGGUUAAGAAGAGCGACACGUCUGUCAGCACGCGACACCGAACUCUACCCUGAAGCGACCAAACGCCACAGCUCGCGUCGUCUCUACGAUGAACACGAUUGUCGUGCUGAAUAUGUCGAUCUGGGCCGACCUCCACAACGCGCCCAUCCGCCCCAUUGAUGCGCUGUCACUAAGGGUCAAGGAAGCAAGGGCUUGUCCUGCUGGCCUGGUACGAGAACACGUUUGGUGUCCCCCGCCUUCCGUAUGUGCCAGCCCGCCCGCUUUCGCAAGCUCCGCAACUCCCCCGCCAGCUCAACAAUACCCAUUCAUUACCACUUUGAUUACCUCGAUCUCGGAGCACUGCCGGAGUGUACCACCUGUCACAGAAGCCCCGGCGGUCGCCCCGAAGAGCACGUUUAGGCAAGGAGCGCCGGUACUUACAACUCUCCGCCCGCGCCUUCCUCCGUACCCGCUUCUUCGAGCUUCUUAUCCGCACUUCCGAUCGUUAACUCCCUCAACGACCGUAUCUGCCUGUCAAAGAAGUUUUUGAUCAGCUACGAUCUCAAUGUGACAAAGUGCUUUCUCCCUCUCGACCUUCCGGAUUCAGUAGGUCGAGAAUUGGCUACAAGAGUAAGUCAACGUUUGUAAACGCACCAUGAUCAGUCUGUCGCUAUUUUGGCGUUUCCGAUCACCAUGACUAUCCAUUUUGUUCGAACAUACGUCAUGGUAUCUCGACAAUAGAUUCCUGAUCUUCUCCGAGUUUCGUCUUUAUGUAUCCCUCGAUCGAGGUGCCAUCGCAGCCUCACCUCAGCCUUGCUUCAGGAAUGCCUGUGGAGCAGCGAGCUGUCCAUCCCUCGUGGCAACUACCGCAUUUCCGAUUUCCAUGGUUCCAGAGUGUUGUACAAACUUGAGACACGGGUAUUCACCUUGAGAAGCUGUCGUGUCUCCUCUUCUUCUGGCAGGUGGCUCCCUCCUGACGCGCAAGCCGCCAAUUCCCCAGUUACCAGCACAGUCAUUUCCUGUCGACAGCCCCGCAUUCCGAUAACCAUGACGCUCCUCAUUCACCGUUAACCCAAUGGAGCAGGACUCCUGCUUCUCUUCUGCAGUAGGAAGGUGGCUCCCUGGUCUGACGCAGCGCACCAGUUCACUAGUCUUUCGUAGCCUCACACUCGUCGUCAACGCCCCUCAAUCCCGAUAACCAUGACUCUGUCCUCCCCUUUCCUUUUGCUCUUGUCAUCGCCAUCCAAGCAGCAUGUGUGAGAUGCCUGGGCCUCGAAUCACGCUGAAUAGGGAGGCUCGGUUGUCAUAGCCAACAUGUCGGUAGGUGCUGCGGGCUGGGCGGCGUGAAUACGCUCGGCGCUGCCCGACCAGCGCAGUCGACAACAGACGGCUGCUUGUUCAGCAGCGAUCGCUGGCACCAAAGUCUGUGUAAAAGGCCAAGUGCUAUUCGAGGGUGCAGAGCCGUGUAUCGCAGGUUGAGGUAAGGUGUACGUAUG